AUGAAGAAGAUCAAAUUGAGGUUUUGGGAUUAUUUGCUGCAGAGCCCACCAGCUACUUGCGGACAGCAGCACAACAGACAGGAAUAUCACAUGAGACUGACUGGAAGAUAUUGCAUUUACUACAUUUUGCUGAUUACUCUCACAAUCGCAAAUGCUCUACCAGCCAAUACGGCGUUAGAAGCGGGAAAAGAACCAGCGUUGAAAGAGACGGAAUCAUCUUUUUUCCAAUGGAAGAACUAUAAAAUUGCAGCUAUUACUACAGAUAUCCUCUUCCACCACGCGGCUCACCUGAUUAAACAUCUCCCUAGAGCUAUGAAUCCCGCACAGAAUCUCUCUGCUGGCGACAAGCCGACAAACUGUCCAGGAUAA